UUGACACCGAGAGCGGGCGAACACCCGAGCCGCCAUUUCCGAGGAGACGAGAGAGCAGAGCGUUGCCGGGGAAGAGAGGAGGAGGAGGACAUGGGUGGGCUGGAGCAGGAGCUGGGCCUGAGCCUGGGCAUCCUCAUCGACGUCGUCGACGAGCAGUGGAUGCGCGACACCCUCCCCGCCGACGAUAUCCCUGUGCCGCCCGCCAUGGCCGUGAAGACCGAGGACGCCGAGGAUCCAGCGCCCGCAAAUCAGUAAAGCCAACCUGCACAAGGGGAUGUAUGACGUGAUUUUGCCUUGGAAAAUCUCUGAUCUCUCAUGCUCUACAAGUGCCUCUAGAGACGAAGAUUCUAUGCCGAGGUUCUAGGCGCUGCAUUGCACAUGGUGGCUUCUACGCCACGCAAUUGUUCAUCUCAACUUAGUUUAAUAUCUGGUUUGAACUGUAGUUCGUUGUGGCCACAUUUAAAACCUAUGCAAGUGCUCCAGAUAUUGGCUGCAUGAUGGCACUGAACCUUGUGGUAGCCUGUUAGGGCAUGAACAAUGCUAGGUGCUUAUAGCUAGGUGUUUAAGUAAACAGAGUGUUAAGUACCUAUAUAAUAAAAAUUAUAAUUUCUAAUGCUAACAGAGACUAUAAGUGUUUAAA